CUCUUUUCGACUUCAUUUUUGGGUUGAUUGUCACAUAAUUCGAAGACUCCCCUCAUACCCUCCUACCUCAUACCUCUUACCCUGCAUCCCGCACCGCUACGCCCGCUAUAUCCUCUUCACCCUUACCACCCCACUCACCCUUUUACCGAAUCAUCUAGUCGCUCGCUGCGAUCGCAGUGAAAGGUUCAUAUCGAGCAAACAGCACCAGGCCACGGGUAACGUUGAGCCCGACCCAAGCCUUACGGUAGCUACAAGGAGUGCUGCGGAGACCUUCGGGAAAACGCACCUCGGGAUCAUCGGGCACGUGAAGAGCUAGGCCCGGGAUCUUUUUGCUAGCAAAAGAACCUUUCCUCGAGUGCUUGUACAGCACACGAAUCCACCAUUUCGUACCGAUUCCCAUCAUCAUCUGGGAGUCCAUCCCCUCCCCCCAUCAUACCAUCGUCGCCCGAUCUGGCGCAUCAAAACCAACCCGGGCCCUCCAACCCCUACCUCGCCCUUCCGCCGCCUGAAGACGAGUUCCCCGACCUUGACGAGUUACCCUCCGAACAACCACCCUCGCCCCCACCUACCGCACCUGCUCCUACCAUGUCAGGACAUCACCGCAUCACCCUCGCCGCCAAUCCCCCCUACUUCGAUGGCGACAAGUCCAAGUACCUGGGCUUUGUGGAUGCGUGCACCACUUACAUCGGUGCCUAUCGGUCAGAGUUCUCGCUGGACGAGACGAAAAUCCUCUUCGUCCUGUCCUACCUCCGCAAUGAGAGCGGCACAAGCUGCGCCGCCUCAAGAUGGGCGAUGAACUGGAAGCAGCACAAUUUCGAGGGCUUCCAAGGACUAAAGGCGGGAGUCACCGCGACAAGCUUCUUGGAGGAGCUUCAGAGGGCCUUUGGGGAUUCUAACGCAGAGCAAGUCGCUGCCGCCCGACUCAUGGCCCUUUGCCAGGGGAGACGGUCCUUCGCGGACUACAUCUCUGACUUCGAAAUGCUGGCUGCGGACGCGGGGUACAACGUGGUCGCCUCAACCGAUGACAAGGGCGAGUACAAGAAGGGGGA